UCUCCUCCCUCUCUCCUUAUUGAGGAGAGGUAGCAGCAGUGCUGGAGAGCUACCUUUCCUUCUACAAUCUAACAACUGCCUACAGCAGCUGAAGGAGGGAACGGUCUGGCUAAGGCUGUUUCCAUUCAAGCGUUCAGGCACAUGAACAGAAGACUCUCCCCACCCUCCCUUGCUGAAUGAAGGAAGAAUAUCAGCAUUUAUGCGGUUAAAUCAGUCUGUCGGCUGGCAUCUCAAGAGCUGGAAUAAGAGUCGCCCCUGCCUGUCACGCAGCAAAACAUUUACUUCAAGAGCAGAGAAGGAGAAAGUGCACUCCACAUGCUUGUUCGAAAGAAGAUAUUCUAGCUCCAGCAGUAAGACAGCAAAUAUUUCUUCCGAAGACCCAGCUAGUGGGGGGAGAUGUUCCUAGACAAAUUCUCAGCAAGUCCAAGGUCUGAACCAGAUGCUUCCCACCAAUCCUGCUUGCUAGGAAAGUAAUUACAGAAUUGUUAUGACAGAACUAUCUGUUUGGACUCAAAGGGCCUCAUCCACUAACAUCAAUGAGGAGCCGAGGGCGUGAGCAGCUCCCAGGAUUGGACCAUAUUUUCCAAAAAGGAAGCGGUUUUGACUGACCCUAAUUACAGAAUCAGUUCAAUGUGGAAAGUGGAAAAGACCCCAUUUUUUCCAAACUCUCCUUCACCUAAUCACUGACAUCCAUAACUUUGGAGAGUGGAGAUCAUCAACCAUAUUAGCAAGAGAUAAAACAAGCUUGCCAGGUCACCCAGGAAUAAAUCAUCUGCAACGUGAUAGGUUGGCAGAAAGUUCACUUCCUUUGUUCAAAAAGGAAAGCCUGUAUAGAGCUAAGCCCGGCAGCAACUCAGAUCUGUUAGUUCCAGAAGAGGACUAAAGAGAUUUGGGCAAAUUAAAACUCUGACAGCAUAAGAAGUUAUAACAACAAAAAUCGAUCUCUAAUGGGGCAUGUGAGAAAUGACUUCCAAAGGCUCCUGUAGAGCAGUUUGCUUAACCAAGUGGGGUGAAGAUCUCACAACCAACACAAUUGUGCUUUCACUACAGAACUCUGGUCAGCAUCCACUUUCAGGUGUAAACCCCCUUUCUGGAUUUUCUUCAUGAAAUGGGUGAAGGAAGGCAACAUUUUAAGGGUGAAUAGAGAAAAUGGACAAAACCUGAGAGUGAGCAAUGACUGAGAUUUAUUUUAAAUACCGUGGAAAUCUUACUGGCCGUGUCCACUUGCCAACCCUGGCUACAGAAGUAAACACGACAGCAGAUAAAUAUGCCAACCUGUACAUGUACGUUGGCUUGUUCCUAACGCUCCUGGCCAUCCUUCUCAUACUACUCUUCACCAUGCUCUUACGCCUGAAGCACGUGAUCUCCCCAAUCACCACCUCUCCAGAAAGCACAGAGAAUGCACACCAGUUUACAGAUGUAGAAAUGCACAGCAGGAUUCCUAGCAUUCAAUGAGACAGAAGCAACAGGCAGGAGGAAAGAGCUGCAUGGCUCACAAAGCACCUUUUGUUUGGCAAAAUAUGCGUGUGCUUUGUGGGGAAGAGAACUCCCACCUGCCCACUCUGCUCUGCAAUGUACUCCACAUGUAUCAAACAAACAUUUUCAGCAUCUAGGGCAGUAUCAUUUGACUCAUUUGUGAACUGACAGUCAUAAAAUAUCCAGUAGGCUUAGAACACUCCUGCCCCCUGAAGACUGCAAGCAACAUGUGUUGAGAAGUUUGGUUUCUAUCAGAAUAUGGAGCACAUGUCCUAAAUAAAAUCUAGACCACAGAAGCCUAGUUGCUCUCAGGAGAGACUCGGCUCCUCCUGAAAAGACUUAAUCCAAAUGAUAAAAGCUACUAUAAUGACAGCCAAAAAACCAAAAACAUACAAGAAUAUUUUCUGAAAGAUGUAUUUGCUGAGUUAUCUUCCCUUCUAUUGUUAGAGGAGAUUCUUCGCCUGAUAAGCGACUUGAACUCAAAGUUAAUUUGUGGUGCAGGCUCAAAGAGCCCACAGGGCACAUAAGGAAAAUGAAUAGUGGUGUGAAAAUCCCCAGACAUCCAUCCCAUUCAAGAAGGAAAAUCUUAAAUGGUGUUUUUUCCACUUGGAAUAGCACAUUUGCAAAAUGCAAUUUUGGAAAUAGACAAGCGUUCCUGCUAUAAGGCCAAUGUGCAUCAUAUACUGGGGCUAUUACUUUCAGACAUUAAGAAUCAAACAAAGAGUGAAUAGUGCAUUCCAAUUAUCAGAAAGAGGCAGCUCAUUCAGAAUGAAAGAAAAUAAGAGGUAAAGUUCUUUGCAUGAAUCAAGCAGCAUGAGUCAUAUUCAGAAGACACACUGCCUCUGUGUCCCUGCCCUUCCUUUGCAGGAACUGCAUUCCCUAAAAUUAGGUUCAUUUCUUUCAGCUUUCCUAAUGUCACUCAGUAAUUAAAAUCCUAUUUAAUGUUAGUGAAUUAAGUGGACAUUGCUAACAGUGAUAAGGUUGUUCUGAACUUGGACCUCUCUGUCAUCUCCAUGUAGCUUUAUCUGUCAUCUCCAGAAACACGCUAAAACUCCCAAUACUUUUCUCCCAAGGAUACGGGGGCAGGGGAGAAGGGAAAGGGAAGAGAAUGCCAAGGCCCCACACUGCAAUAAUAAAUCAGCAUGCACAGCUCUGUACUCUGGAGUUAUCCUAAAUGACCAACUAGUGUGCAUACAAAAUUAAAGGAAAAUAUGAGCACUGAAAUAGGAGAGCAAGAUUCCAAGAGAUCAACUGGAACAGUAAGAAAAAAAUAUCUAAAAUUAUGAAACAAUAUGCUGGGAAUGUCCUUUUAACGUCUCUCUAUAUAAACACACAAUACUCUAUGGAAAAAAAUAAGGACUUUCUUCACAUGGAUCAGAAAGAUGGCAAUCAAAUAUAGCAUCUCAAUUCUGUUGGGCCACUAUCCCUUAUAACAACACUUCUUAGAUAGGGAUCAUUUAAACUCAUGUUUACUGGGCAGGUGCUUCCCCAUGGAUUUUAACUAGCACAUCUUACCUCCUUUGCUCCUGUCUAAAUCUAGCCUUGUGAUAAAACUCCCUUGUGCUUUCCACUUUAUAUACAAUCAUUUGCCAAUUCUUCUCUCUCCAAGGGCCUGAAAGUGCAAACUCCCCACACACAAACAGUGCUAAAAUUAGCAAUGACACUGACUCUACAGACCUGUAACAACAACAAGAACUUGUUCUUCCAAUGCUUCGGGAAUUGUGAUUUCUUUAUCCUUAUGGGUCAGUUGUUCGAUGGGUUGUUUUUGACUAGGAGUCUGGCUUCUUUAUCUCUCUAUGGGGAAGAACAAGAUGCUAAAACCACAGUGGUCAUGAAUGGUCCACAGCAAGGAUUAGCAUUAUUGUCACUGCUGUUCUGACUGGAAGACUCUUUCUCCAUGUAGAAUAGCACCUUUUGUACUCAGCAUACUCCAUGAGGUGCAGGCUCAAUGGGGAAAACAGUUAGUGUAGUAACUAUGAAAGGAAACACAACAUCCAAUAUACUUUCAGCAAUAUUUUCCACAUAGCCUUGGACAUUAGAAUGUAUUUGCCUGGAAGAGAAAUGUAGGCCAGGUCACAGGUUAUCCUGUACUCUUGUGCCAUGGGAUCAUCACUUGAGCGCCUACUAGACAGGACCCUGGCUUAACAGUUCAUCUGAGGGACGGUACAGCACUCUCCCUGUUGUUGUGCAGCUCUAUCAGCACUGCUUAGGAGUCCAGAUUCUACUUGUUGUAGGAUUUAAUCUAAAUCCUGCUAAACCAGAUUGCUACUAACUGAGCCAUGCUGUCAUGUAUGUUUAACAAUAUAAAAAAAGGUUUACUUGAUACAGUUUCAUUCUUUCAGCAGCAAAAGCACAGAAUACUGGCUAAAAUAUGUAUUUACCCCAUGCAAUCUUAAGUCCACCGCCAUCUUUUUCAGGACCCUUUUAAAAGUGUACAAGAACCGUAGGAUUCUGACCAUUCCUUAACCCAUGUGGCAAUUAACAGUCUCUGAGAAACAAUAAUCUUCUAUCACAGCCACCCAGAGAAGGAAAAGUUUUACUCCCAAGAAACAGAGAGAGCUGCAGAUAUAUCUAUUUAAUGAAGACAUUUUAGUACAAAGAAUAAUGACAGACAAAUUGAUUUUCAGCCCAAUCCUAAUAGCAAUUAAUUCAGUGGCAGAUUGGGGCCCUUAACUUUCUGUUAAAAUAUUUUAACUCAUAAAAGUACUCUUAUUCAAAAAUUGAUUUAAUAAAUAUAUUGUAAAUGAAAGGUUGAUCCAUUUAUAUUUAAUCAUAUAUUAUAUUUGGGCAGAUAAUAUAUUUGUAUACAAUACUGCCAGGAAAGGCAGCCAGAGCUACCAACAUACAGCAUCACUUUUCCCUUCUAAUGUUGUUUGUCUCCAUUUCAGACAGCAAGUAGCUGUUCAGCUCAGUAUGCCCUAUGCCUGGUAUGCUCCCUCGAUAGGCUAUUUACAUAAGACCUAUAUAUAUUUUUGUUAGAAAAAACAUAUGCACAUUGUAUGCACUCCUUGUCUUUUUCAAGGCUAGCAGAUUUUAAAGCCUGCAUUUCUCAAAGAAACAAAUAAAACACGUGUUCUCCA